AUGUACCCAGUAUCAAGACCAUGUGGAAUAUGUAUAGGGGAUGGUACAAACUGGUCAGAAUGGGUGAAAACUCAGGAACUAGAUUCAGAGAAAUUGGCUAAGAAUGAAGAAGACGUGAAGAAGUUUUAUAAAUGGGCUGGGCCUAAUUUCGUUUGGCCUCCCACAAUGGAUUUUGGAGAACAAGGAGAGGGUGAAGAACUUGCAACUAAUACUCUUGCAUAUCAUCGCUUUUUAAACUCUGGUCAGCUUGAUCCAUCCAAAGGUUCACAUAUCCUUCUUAUUAAUGGUCAAAUUGUGCGCUAUGGUGAAGAAAUAUCAAAACCUGAAUAUAAUGAAUUAUUAGAAAAACAUCCUGGAAUGUUUUAUGCACCAAUUAAAGCAAUACUGCCUAUUCGUGUGCGAAGAUAG